AUGUCAAAAAUAACUAUAAAGCUGGUAGCGGCAGAGUCGCUGUACAAAAGAGACGUUUUUAGAUCGCCAGACCCGUUUGCGGUGCUGACGAUUGAUGGCUCGCAAACCAAGUCAACCGCUGCGGCUCGGAAAACGCUGAAUCCGUACUGGAACGAGACUUUUACUUUCUCGGGAGUCAAUGAGAAUGGGAUUCUAACCAUUCAGGUGUUCGACCAAAAGAAGUUCAAGAAGAAGGACCAAGGCUUUUUGGGUGUUGUCAACGUUCGCAUCGGCGACGUUCUGGGUCAUUUAGACGAAGAUUCGGUAAACCGGUCGUCAUCUCGGCGUGAAGAAACUAUCACGCGGGAUUUGAAACGGUCGAAUGAUGGGAUGGCUGUCAGUGGACGCUUGAUCCUAGUACUAUCAACUGCAUCCGCAAAUGCAGCCACAUCAGCGUCGUCCGGGGCGCGCUCCGGAUCUUCAGCCACCACAACGCCCGCAGACGAUGUAACGGCGGGAACGGCAGCUCCUCACAUAAACGCCCCAAGUUUCAGUGCCGCCGGGUCAACCCCGGCGCAAACUGUUGCCAACACCCUUCAGAGCGGAUCUGCUGCGACAACUUCGACUACUGCGCCUCCAUCCAGCACCGCGGCUUCAAGGCAGUAUUCUUCCUUCGAAGAUCAAUAUGGCCGACUACCACCGGGCUGGGAAAGGAGAACAGACAAUUUCGGACGGACGUAUUAUGUGGAUCAUAACACUCGCACUACGACUUGGAAAAGACCCACACUCGAUGAAACAGAGAGUGAGCGUGGCGAUCAGCUUAAUGCCAAUACAGAGCUGGAAAGAAGACAGCAUCGUGGCAGAACUCUGCCCGGAGGCAGCAAUUCUGAAAGCGGCUCCUCCAUUGCAGUUCAAAGCAACAAUGGUUCGUCUACACCUACAGUAAACGGAGCUGCUGCUGCGGCCCUUGCUGCUACUGGAGCUACAACCUCCGGUUUAGGCGAGCUACCUCCAGGUUGGGAACAGCGCUUCACGCCUGAGGGCCGCGCGUAUUUUGUUGACCACAACACCAGAACUACUACUUGGGUUGACCCACGUAGACAACAAUACAUUCGCACUUAUGGUCCAGCAAACACUACCAUUCAACAGCAACCAGUAUCACAGUUGGGACCUCUACCUUCUGGUUGGGAAAUGAGAUUGACUAACACAGCUCGUGUUUAUUUUGUUGACCAUAAUACUAAGACUACUACCUGGGACGACCCACGUUUACCAUCUUCAUUGGACCAAAAUGUGCCUCAGUACAAGCGUGAUUUUAGACGUAAAGUCAUUUACUUCAGAUCGCAGCCGGCACUUAGAAUUCUGCCGGGACAAUGUCAUAUUAAGGUCCGCAGAAAGAACAUCUUUGAAGAUGCUUAUCAAGAAAUCAUGAGACAAACUCCAGAAGAUUUGAAGAAACGGUUAAUGAUCAAAUUUGACGGUGAGGAAGGUUUGGAUUACGGUGGUGUUUCCAGAGAAUUUUUCUUUUUACUCUCUCACGAAAUGUUCAACCCCUUUUACUGUUUGUUCGAGUAUUCUGCUCAUGAUAAUUAUACUAUCCAGAUAAAUCCCAAGAGUGGAAUCAACCCAGAGCACUUGAACUACUUUAAAUUCAUAGGUAGGGUCGUCGGUCUUGGUGUAUUCCACAGAAGAUUUUUAGAUGCAUUUUUCGUGGGUGCGUUAUACAAGAUGAUGCUUCACAAAAAAGUUGUGUUACAAGAUAUGGAAGGAGUUGACGCUGAAGUUCACAAUUCUCUGAAAUGGAUCUUGGAGAAUAACAUAGACGGAAUUUUAGAUUUGACCUUUAGCGCCGACGAUGAAACUUUUGGUGAACUCAUGACUGUAGAUUUGAAACCAGAGGGAAGAGAUAUUGAGGUAACUGAUGAAAACAAGAAAGAGUAUGUUGAACUCUUCACUCAAUGGAAAAUCUAUAACCGUGUUCAGGAACAGUUUAAGGCUUUCAUGGACGGCUUUAACGAGCUGAUACCCGAAGAUUUAGUGAACGUUUUUGAUGAGCGUGAGCUGGAACUACUGAUCGGUGGUAUUGCUGAGAUUGAUGUUGAGGACUGGAAAAAACAUACCGAUUAUCGUGGAUACCAAGAAUCCGACGAAACGAUCAAGUGGUUCUGGAAAGCUAUUUCCGAAUGGGACAACGAGCAAAAAGCUCGUCUGUUACAAUUUACUACGGGUACGUCUCGUAUACCAGUAAACGGUUUCAAAGAUCUACAAGGUUCCGACGGUCCUAGAAGGUUCACUAUCGAGAAGGCCGGUGAAAUCCAGCAAUUGCCCAAAUCGCACACUUGUUUCAACAGAGUCGAUCUUCCUCCAUACGAUGAUUAUGAGUCCUUGAAACAGAAACUGACACUUGCUGUCGAGGAAACAAUUGGGUUUGGACAAGAGUGA